GUUAAGUCUCGAGUCCCCUUAACACUUGCCACCUAUAAAAGGGUCGCCUAUUUCAAAUUUUACUCAAUUCACACCAAAAUUAUCUGCGGUGUUUCUCUCUCAAGGCCUCCAUAUUCCUCUUCUUCAAAAGCUCAUUUCUCUCUCUACAAACUCAUUUCGUCUCCGAUCAUCAAAAUGCGUGAAAUUCUUCACAUCCAGGGUGGCCAGUGCGGAAACCAGAUCGGCGCCAAGUUCUGGGAAGUGGUAUGCGCUGAACAUGGAAUUGACUCGACAGGUCGUUACCAGGGAGACAACGAACUCCAACUCGAGCGUGUCAAUGUGUACUACAACGAAGCGAGUUGCGGUCGGUUCGUACCGCGGGCAGUCCUCAUGGAUCUUGAGCCCGGAACUAUGGACAGCGUUAGAUCUGGUCCGUACGGUCAGAUAUUCAGGCCGGACAACUUUGUCUUUGGGCAGUCCGGAGCCGGAAACAAUUGGGCUAAGGGUCACUACACUGAGGGCGCUGAGUUGAUUGACUCGGUUCUUGAUGUGGUGAGGAAGGAGGCUGAGAAUUGUGAUUGCUUACAAGGAUUUCAGGUCUGUCACUCUUUAGGAGGUGGUACUGGAUCAGGAAUGGGAACACUUCUUAUUUCAAAGAUCAGAGAGGAAUACCCAGAUAGAAUGAUGCUUACCUUCUCAGUGUUCCCAUCUCCAAAGGUGUCUGAUACUGUUGUUGAGCCAUAUAAUGCAACACUCUCUGUUCACCAACUUGUUGAGAAUGCCGACGAAUGCAUGGUUUUGGACAAUGAAGCCCUCUAUGAUAUUUGCUUCAGGACUCUAAAGCUUACUACUCCUAGCUUUGGGGACCUGAAUCACUUGAUCUCUGCUACAAUGAGUGGGGUAACUUGUUGCCUUCGGUUCCCUGGUCAACUCAACUCUGAUCUUCGCAAACUUGCUGUAAAUCUCAUUCCAUUCCCACGAUUGCAUUUCUUCAUGGUUGGGUUUGCCCCACUUACAUCUCGUGGAUCCCAGCAGUACAGGGCUCUUACUGUUCCAGAGCUUACUCAACAGAUGUGGGAUUCCAAAAACAUGAUGUGCGCUGCUGAUCCUCGACAUGGGCGAUACUUGACUGCCUCGGCCAUGUUCCGUGGCAAGAUGAGUACCAAAGAGGUUGAUGAACAGAUGAUUAAUGUACAGAACAAGAACUCAUCAUACUUUGUUGAGUGGAUCCCGAACAAUGUUAAGUCUACUGUUUGUGAUAUUCCACCUACUGGUUUGAAGAUGGCUUCUACAUUCAUUGGAAACUCCACUUCGAUCCAAGAGAUGUUCAGGAGAGUAAGUGAGCAAUUCACAGCUAUGUUCCGGAGAAAAGCUUUCUUGCAUUGGUACACCGGAGAAGGCAUGGAUGAGAUGGAAUUUACUGAGGCAGAAAGUAACAUGAACGAUUUAGUUUCUGAGUAUCAGCAAUACCAAGAUGCUACAGCUGAUGAAGAAGGGUAUGAUUAUGAAGAUGAGGAGGAAGCUCAGGAGGAGGAUGACUAAUCCAUUGGUUUCUGUUUUGCUAUUUUCUUUUUUAUUCAUGGGCUUUGAUGUUUGUGGAUUUUAACCCUGUUUUUGUUCCCAAAACACCCUUAUCUGUGAUUGAAUUGUUUGCUUGUUGGCUAGCUUCUCUCGGCUGGUCUCAUACUUGAUUUGGUUGUAAUAGUUUAGAUAUUAGCUGUCUGAAAAUAUGUUCUACUUUCCUGGUGUUAAUGAAUGUGGCCACUGGCCAUUAUUCUGGUGUUA